GUAAUAUUAUUCCCUUAUAUUAAUUUUAUUAAUAGAUUUAGCGUAUUCUAUAAUUCCUAUUAUAUAUUAAUAAAUUAUUAUUUUACCCUAGUAGGCUUAUUAAUAGAGGAGUGUAUAAAACCCGGCAAUGUCUUUCCCCUACUAUUUAGACCUUAUAGUUCUAAUUUCGGCGAUAUUACUAAAGUAUUAAUAAUAAUAAUAUAUUUAAAUAAAAUGAUGAUUAUAAAUUUACCUAGAAAAAUUAUC